AUGCUGCAGGACCCGAAGUGCUCGAUGGCGUGUCCUCCACAGCUCUUUUAUAAUGUACCACCUGAUGACCCACUAUGCCAGAGCUUGGACACUUUUGUACACAUAUCUGAACCCAUCAAAGACUCCAUGGGUGUGGCUUGGUGCACUGGAUCUGGAUACGUGCUGAGGAGAGCAGCUUUGCAAUCAAUCGGAGGAUUUCCCAUCGGUUCUCUGGCAGAAGACGUAUGCUGUUUUAGUAUGCUCUUAGGCUCAGGCUGGAAUACCGCGUUUGUUCAUGAGCCCUUGCAGUUCGGAACGGUACUGGAUUCUCUCACGAGUCACUUGAAGCAACGCACACGUUGGACUAUUGGCACCGUCCAGACGUCGUUCAAGCUGCGAUUUAGCAUCUUUGGGCCUCUUGUGAAGCACAUGACCUUUUCUCAACGCCUUUGCGGAUUCGUCUACACAGUAUCGUCUCUAUUCACCGUCUUUCUGGUGUUAUCAAUGUUUACGGCACCUAUCGUCCUCAUCUCUGGCGGAAAUCUUGUACCAUACACGUCAAUGAAUCAACUCAAGUGGCUAAUACGAUCAAAUUUUCUGACCAUUAUAUUGAAUCGCAUCAACGAGUUUAUCUCGUAUCUGCCUUCCGGCUAUCGGACUGGCCAAAGGGGUGCAAGAGCUAUGAUGUGGAUGGCGCCAUUUCAUGCCUUAUCCGUCAUUCGGACGUUCCUUCUUCCCGAGUGGUUAGGGGGCAAGGUCGCAGUUUUCACUUCCUCAGGGUCACAGAAAGCUGAUCUCAACGAGCGUGACCCGAAACCGCGUGCCCCAGUCUGGCGCCGUCUCGUGGUCACUAUGUGGGAUUGUCAGUGCUAUCUUCACCUUGUCUAUAUCAUGUUCGUGGUGGCAGCCGUUAUCACGCGCAAAACAACACUGAAGAAAACCUUGAUUUCUCUUCUUACUCACGCAGGCUGGCCACCUCUUAUUUGGCUAACCUGCAUCUUGUCAUGCUGGGUGCCGAUCAACUAUGCACUGUUUCCUCCGGACUGCCCAGACCGACAGGACCUCCUGGACAGAGAUCCAGAUACUGGUGUAGCCUAUCCAAAGGAGGAUUCCAAGCACACAAAAUCUACUUGGGCUGCAUGGGCAUUCGAGGCACAAAACAGCUUCAUUACAUUGUACAUGACUGUUGUUUUCGUACUUUCGUUCUGGUUUUGA